AUGACGGAGAAUCAUACUACUAUGGAAGCAGACUUAACAGUGAGGAGUCAAAAUUCAAACGACUCAAAACUAUCAGGGGACUCAAAGGAUUCCAAAACGAGCAGCACAAUGCAGUCCAAACAUUCCAAAGAAGUUCUAAUUUCGAAAAAACAAGAAGAAACCGAAACUAAGGAUGACUCGAAUUUACUAAUGCUUAUGUCCUGCGGUCAGCUGCUACUUGGUGUAAUUCUGGUGGUUUUCGGCGUAUUGGUCCUGGUGCACGGAGCUUCAUUGGGAAAUUCAGGAGCAGGACUAUGGGCAGGAGCUGGAGCUCUGGUCGCAGGUGCCUUAGGGGUUGUCGCCACUUUGACGACUUCUGCUAAUAAAGAGAGCCCUCAAUACUCGGGCUUCUCUUCUGCCCAUUUGGCAUCCAGUUUGAUAGCACUGGCUCUUUCAAACAUGGCUGCAAUCACAGCGCUCACUUCUGUCGUAAGGGAUUCACAGAGGGCUAGUCCUGAGAUAAAUCUUUUAGAAACAACGAACGACGAUGACUCUGUAAUGGGUGUUGACCACAGAUGGGCAGGAUUGAUGGCUAGCAUUGGUCUUCUGAUAGCGAGCCUCAUCGAAUUACUCAUCUCUGGGUACAGCUGCGUUAAGCUUGCGCCCCGUCUCUGCGGCUGCUUGAAAGGAUCUUCUCCGCCUAUCUCAGGUCAGGGUCAAUUGAAAACGCACAACAUGGUACACCAGUGGGUUUCAUCGCAUCCCAAAUCUCAGCAGAUAUAUCUGGUACAGCCCAUUAUGUCUGUACAACCCGUGUUACCGGCCCCGUACGGCAUGGCGACGGUACCUAAAAAAUAUCCCACAUUUAUACCAGCAACAGGGACAUUUCCUCCACAUUCCAUGUAUCAUUCCAUGCCUGCACCUUGUUGUAAAAUGCCAAGAGGUCCGAUCUACCCACCAAAUCCUCAUUACCAUCCACAAAUGGUACGCAUCAAGCGAAAGAGAUACGCAAUGCCAGAACAUGAAUCAAACAGUUUACCAAACCAUCGCACAAAGCCAGUAUCUCCCGUGUCACAGCAAGAAGUUGGAAAAGCUGAAGCUUUUUUGCCAGGUACAGAUCAGGUUGAUUUGUCUCAGACAUAUACUGGCCUGGACAAAAAAAUGUCGGAAGAAUUUAUUUCAAUCGCCAUGGAUCCGGAUAAAAAAUCUAAAGCUUUGAGCAGCAACACAAGUGAAAUUAGCUCAGCUGCCAGAAAUUCUCCUGCAACAUUGCCAGAAUCGAAGUUUUGA